UCGCAUCUACAUGGACGCACCUAAAGUGGAAAAUGACGAGCUAUCGGCAGACGAUGCCGGGAAUAACAACGACGCCGUAGGCUUCGAGACUCAUGCUUACCCAGAAACUAAUAAAGUUAACGCUAGUGUUUCUGCAAAAUCAAAUGAAUUCGAUCAUUAUCAUUUCCACUGUGGAAAGUGUGACAAGUCAAUAGAUAAAAUCCACGGUGUUCGCCAUUGCUCGGAUUGUCAGAGCUUACUGGAGUACGCAUGUGAUAAUUGCGAGAAACAAUACAGAAGUAUCCACGGUAUUUAUAAUCACAUAAAAAAUCACAUAUGCACUGCAGCUAACAAAAACGUCGCAAUAGAUGGAAGCGCUGACGAUCAGAUUGGGAAUGUUGAAGAAUACGUUCAAACAUAUUGCUUAAAAUAUAAAGAAAUGAACGCCAGUAAAACAGCAAAAAAGCGCGACAAAUGGGCUUCCUGCCACGAGCAAUUAGUUUAUCGUUGCGCUUGCUGCAUGAAAAGCCCUUGUAACAUUGAACCACGAUUUCAAUGCUCCAGCUGCGACUACAGCGCAAAAUCGAAAGAAAAACUGACGAACCACGUGCGUACAGAACACGCCGUGAAAAAGUGUUCCGGCUGCGACAAAACAUUCGCCAAUAAUCGAUCGUUGACGACACAUCGUUUGACGGAAUGCAAAAACUUCCCUCAGGCCAAAUGCACCUUUUGCUCGUUCAAGUGUAACUUUAACACAGAAUUAAAGAAUCACAUUAGAAGUAAACACAACGCAAGACACGUCUGCGUAUGUGGCAAAAAUUUCAAGCAUUUUAUCACGCUAAAGAGACACAAGGUGAUUUGCAGAAGAGUCGAAUUCAAAUGCGAUCAUUGCGAAUAUACAGUUUGUGAGAAAGCUUUGUUGACUAAGCAUUUGAAAAAUCAACAUACUGAUGCCUAUGCGUCUCCGCAACAACUAUUUUAUGAUGAUUGAUUUUCCAAAGUCACUUUUUUCUAGAGCCACUUCAGAUUCAGUUAGCACUUGAAUUUGAGAAAAAUUGACAUUUUAAAAAUAUUUUUUACUAUAACGAAAGAUAAUUUUUUAAGUUACUAUAAAGGAUUUAAGACAAUUACUUUACUUUUGAUUAUAUAAUGUUAUUAUUGUUAUUUUUUACAUUAGAGGCUUGUAAAAAAUAAUCAUGAGUAUGAAAAUUUAAACGUGGAUUUUUCUUUGAUCUACUGUUAUAAUUUUCUUUAUUAUAAUGUUUUGUUGAAAUCGAAGUUUAUAAAAACAUACACUUUG